AUGAACACAUGCGAGGUGCAGGAUGUGGCGAAAUUGCGGGCGGCCGACCACAUCUGCAUCUGGGACACGAGUCGCUGGCCAUUCCGGUAUACUCACCACGGUGUCGUGUUCACGGCUGGGGAGUCCACGGACGAGAUCUCCAUCGCCCACGUCUGGUCUCGCAAAACAGGGCUGCGCGCGUCCCAGGCGGACUCCAAGUUCCAGCUCACAAGUCUCACCGAGUUCCUGAACGGGCGUCCGCUGCCGGACAUGCGCCGCGUGCAGUACAAUUCGUCACUGGUGGCUGAGGCCAGUUCAUUGUUAGGCGAGGUGCAUCGCACACACGCCGACGCGCCGCCGGUGGUGCUGGCGCGCUGUCGGUUCCUGUUGGGACUCGGUCAGGGACAUUUCAGUAUUUUGUCGCUCAAUUGCGAACAUGUCGCGCUGUGGUGCACCACAGGCGUGGGCUGGUCAAAGCAGCUUUUGUCCAGGACGGAGACCAAAGUGCCGUUCUUGACGUCGUCGGCCAAGUCAGCACAAGCGCUGGAGCGUCUGCAAUUUCAUCUGCUGGGUAUUCAAGAGAUGGCCAAGCAGAGGAACAAGAAGCUCGAAGACCUGGCGGGGAAGAAGGUUUAUUUGAGACUCAAAGACACUGGAAAAUUUGCUAAACGGUUCGGAGACGAGCUGUAUUUGGUGCAAGACGAUCCGAGCGAGAAGGACUGGGCAUUCAGACAGAGACCUACAGCGUUGAGACUGGGGGCUCGUGUGCAGGCGUACAACUGUGUCCGUGUGGAGUUUGAGGAUUAUGAAAAGCCUGGAGAUGUUCUGUAUGCCAGUUCCAGUGGACUGAGACUCACACGACGUCGGAAGAUGCAGUUCAAGCGCUGGUUCCAGUUCGAACUGGGAUGGGACGGAGAGUUGCAGAGCUUGCGUCACCGACGCUGGUUUUCCAGUCAAUGA